AUGAGGGAAGCACCUUCUGAAACAUCAGCUUUUGGCGACACACACCCUGAAGCUCAAGGAGAUGACCCCGGCAUUGGCAAUUUUGAAUCAGAUACAGACUUGGAACCUAUCUAUUUCGACAAUUAUCAAGAGACUUCCACAAGUAUGGAAUGGGAUAAUCGUACUCCUAUUCUCAAAGAGCUGGAAUCGGAAAUACAACUGGAUGAUAUCAAAAUUGAAUAUCAUCCCAACAGUGGCUGGAAGCCUGUGAUUGUACAUUUUGAUGACUUCGGAAGGAGCAAGGAUGUGAACAAAGGAUCGAUUCCACCAAAUUGCACGCCAUGGCAUCCAUGGAGGAGCCGUAUAGAUUUUGAAGUUGCUUCAUUAGCGCUUGACUGCCACAUGAAUAAACAAAAAACCGACAAACUUAUCAAUUUGAUCUAUCGCGCUGCCUGUGGUCUUGAUGCUUUUACAUUAAAAGAUCACCAAGAAAUCCAGAAUACUUGGGACUUAGCAGCUGAACGAUUAACAAAGUUUCGAAAGACAGAAGUUGUAGAAGCAUGGUCAGCAAAUUCAUGGUGGUCAUUUCAGAUACAGAGUAAACUUCCAGCCAGAGCGGUACCACUUUGUGUUGUGUUUUAUGCUGAUAAGAGCAAACUAUCAUUGUUUGGUACUGCAAAAGGUUAUCCUGUCAUUGUUCAAUGCGCAAAUUUACCCAUGGAUAUCCGGAAUGGCUCUGGUAUUGCUGGAGGUAGGGUCGUAGGGUGGUUACCAAUUGUUUCUGAAGAUGCUGCACAUAGUGGUAAGGCCAAUUUUUUCAAUUUCAAAAAUGUUGUAUGGCAUGAAUCGGCCGCGAAGAUAUUCGAGUCCAUGGCAGAGUAUUGCCCAACUGUGUAUACAAUGGUUUGUGGUGAUGGAGUUCAUCAGUGGAUGUAUCCUAUUGUCCUCAUCAAGUCAGCUGAUUAUGAAGAGCAGUGUGUCAUCUGUCUUACUUGGGGGUUAAAAAGCUUGCACCCAUGUACUGCAAAGGACAGUAUCGAAAUACUCAAUAAUGCUAGACAGAAGGCAUUAAUCUCAAAAGCAGAUGAAGAAGCAGAGCUUAAAAAGUAUAGUCUGCGACCAUGCUUUAAUUCCUUCUUCAAGCUCACCCAUAGUGAUCCAUUUGCAGGCAUUUCCUUCGAUGAUCUCCACUUCCAAGACAGUGGGGUUUGGGGCAAUCAUAUAUUUGAACAUGCAAAGAUCCAAAUUGAUAAUCGGAGUGCAGUAACCAAAAUUGAUAAUCGUAAACACUACAAUAUAUCAAGGCUCUUUUUAUUUGCCGCCCAUGAUGUUAUACCAGAAAAGGAGAACAAAGCUGCCUAUACGCUUCUCAAAGUCAUGCGGAAGUACAUCAACAUGAUCAUGUAUUCCGGACUGAAUGUACAGACUUCUGAUACAAUAGCACUUGGCCAUGGUGCUAUCAAGAAUUUUGUAGAUAUGCUCAAGGUGUACAUAUCGCUCUCACCUGAUGUGAAUAAAACAUUCAAUGUCAUCAAGGUACAUUACCACCAGCAUCUCUAUGAUGACAUUGAGAACAAAGGUGUUUUACGUGGAAUGAGUACCAAACCAAAUGAGAAGUUUCAUGGCCCUUUAUGCAAAAUUUACCUUCGACAAACAAAUUUCAAGGACACGGCAAAACAGAUUGUACGGUUUGAGCAUCAGAGCAUUGUUGCCACCCUUAUACAGGAUGAAAUCCAAAUACUGGAUAGAUAUGAGCAUGGCGAUCCAGAGCUCCCAUCAGAUCUGGAGACACCAAUCGACAAUGUCCACUUCACAUUAGGCUCAAAAUUGAAGCCCAUUUCCUUUGCUCAACUUGAGGGUGAAGAUCUUAUAUUUGCAUGA